GGUUAGCGCGGGAGUUCCAACAGCUGCCAGAACCGACCGGGGUCGCUCGGCUCACAAAAGUGGACGCCGUGUGUGUCUCUGUAUGUAUGUGUGUUGGGUAGAGGUUGGGGGUGGGGGAGGGGGGGUCAAAGACGAGGGGGGAUUUGUGCCACCGUCGGGCUGCUAAGUGCCAACCCAGACUGGACCUAUGAGAUCGGGAUCUGUGCUUGCUUGAAGGGACAGAUCGAAGCCCGCUGAGUCUUUCCCUAUUGUAGAUAACUUCUUGAGAUUUUAACUUCGGUUGGGACCAUAGAUCGUGAUUUAAACGUAUGCUUCACGUCAAGAUGGUAUAUAUCUCUGGAGCGUGUCUAUAAGGUCUCAUUCCGACACUUCCCAGUCUAAAUGUAGGCAAAAUUCAGUCUCAACACCAAGUGAUUCUCUUUCUUUAUUUCACCGAAAUAAAAAGAAGAAACGUCAAAAAGAAAGUUAUAGCUUUUAUAUUAAUUAUUUCUGUGUUUCAGAGUUAUGUAACAAGCUGAAUUGUUUCAUCUUUCAUCUGAAAAUUGUAAAUAUACCCGUGUACAGUUCACUAAAUAUAUGUGACUGAAACUACUGCACAAGUAAUUCUGAUCUGGAAUCUGUGUAGGAAAAUAAACCUUUUUCUUCAUGGCGAAAUGAUUGCUCGUGGAAGACUUUGAAACGGUGUUCGUCAUUUCUAGUCAACAGACAAACAAAAAAGAGUGUACACACUGACAGGCAGACAGUAUGUCGCUGGAUUACAGAAAGAAGACAUACAGGCCGAGUCGACCCAACACCAGGAACAUCACGAGCUAUGGCUCCAUGUCCAAGUGGAUCUCCCGCCAACACGAAAACCCCGCCCCCCGACCGGAAGUGGCACGUCAUCUUAUGGAACGAGCCAAUCCCAGCCCUCAGUUUACAAAGAAGCGACCAAUCAUAAAGCCGUCACCAACAGGCAUGCCCUCGAUGUACGAUACCUACAUGAACAAAUCGUCUGCUGUGCUGGAUGAGACGCUGCCCGUCCAUCUCCGAUACAGCAACCACUGCGGCUAUGAUGACUUCCACAAGGCCUUCCGAGCUGUCCAGGACAAACAUCCGGAACUCUCCUACCCUCACUUCGGACCACCAAGUCCCGUGAAUGGGUGGCACUCCCAAAGAAAUGGCAAAAUACUCAAUGCUGGAGUCCCAGAGAGCCCUAGAGAAAGACAACUGGAACAUCAUGCGCUGACCUUGACCUUCUUCAUAGCAGACAUGUUAAGGUUACAUGACAAGGUCACAGCAAGACUCAACCAUGGGACUUAUGCGCAACAUCUUAUAUUAAUAGAAAACCCCAAGAAAUUGAUCAAAUUUGGCUCAAAAUCUGUUUGGUUGAUGUUUUGUGAGAUUGGUUGAUUCUGGAGUUUAUACAUGUCUGAUUUAUUUGAAGUUUGGUUGUAAAUAGAGUUCAUGUUAUUUAUUUUGACCUGUUACAAUAACUGUGAUUUAUUAGAUGUGUACAAGUUUUAUAAACAGGAGUAUUGUAGAACAGUGUAAACCUAAAGGGAAGAAUUGACUUUUUUAAAAAAAUCUUUUGUUUUGCUUGUGAUGGAGUCAUUCUCUUGUUUUUCAAUUUUUACUUAACAUUUUUAGAGCAUUUUUAAAAAAGUAGACCUGUCUCUGUUUAUUUCAACCAAAAGGAUUAUAAACCAUACCAAUUGUCAAUUACUAUAUCCGUAUAUACGAAUUUGCCAAUAUUUUGUUGUUGUUGUAGUUUUGCAUUCUUCUACAGCGCAUCGAAUUCAGCAGACUCCAACGGCAAUUGAAAAAUAAUAAUUUAAUAGUACAUGAUUUGAAUUUAUAUGUCUAACUCAAUAAGUCUUUUUGCUGAUUUCUAUCAAUUCUGUUGGUAAACUAAAAAAAACUCGUCUUACUAACUCUUUAAUUUAUUUUUUAUUUUUCUUUGUGUUGCCUUGAUAUACAAACAUAAGUACGUAUUUAUAAACGUGAUGAAAGAGACCAAGCCGUUAGGGUAGAGAGAUAAAAAAUAGGAAAGAAAUCUUAGACAAUGCCUCAAACAAAACAAGGUCAAUAAACAUUAUGCAAAUUAGAAAAUAGAGCUGAAUAAUCAUGACGUUCUGUUAUAAGAGGGCUUGCUUUUCUUGUUGAUGAGUUGCACUCUCUCUCUCUCUCUCUCUCUCUCUCUCUCUCUCUCUCUCUUGAUCCCCCUCUCUUUCUCUUGAUCCCCCUCUCUUUCUCUUUGUCUCUUUUACUCUCUCUCUCUGCAGCCCUAUUCUUCAUCCAUUUUACCGGGUGGACUGAAUAUUGAUGGGCACUCUAUCAUAGAGAAAACCUAUUUGAGCGCAAUGGCUCAAGUUUCUUUGGGCAUCUACAGCAAUGUACAGGGUAAUAGAAAAAAAAAAUUUACAACCAUUUUUGUUAAUAUUUUCCUCCACCCUGAAGUUUUGCGUUUC